ACUUCUUGCUACUCCCAACAGAGAGGGCGGAACCUCGUGACAGACAAGGUCGUGUCGCCGCCUCGGCUGCUGUUGCCGUAGCGCUGGGCUCAGCGGUUGCGGCCCAAGAGCUUGACCGCACGACAGAAGUAGUGAAGGACACCUAUGUGGAGAGGCCAGAUGAGUCAAUGGAUGAUAUGUUGCAGUAUGGCAGCCAGUACCACAUGACCGAGUUUGCCAAGAGGUACUUCAGAGAAGCACAAAGAAACAGGAAUGAUCCAAAAGCCAAAAAGGGGAGAGCGGGAAGGGAACCAGCUGACAUGAUCAAAUUUUCCAAGUCUCCACUCCAGGAGUCUCUGAUUGACUUCUCAGACGGUUCAAUGAACAGAGUGGCCGCCGACAUCUCCUCAGCUGUAAUGAAGUUCAUGGGAGAUCUGCCAUUGAAAGGUCAAACUGAACAGGACCUUGUCACAAUUAUACUGAAGUUAAGUGCUGAUCACGGCCUGAUGAAAGAUGAAGCCUAUUGCCAGGUGAUGAAGCAAGUCACUGCCAACAACAGCUCCAAACCAGACAGUUGCCAGAGAGGGUGGAGGCUCUUGUACAUCCUGACUGCUUUCCAUCGCUGUUCACACGUCAUGAAGCCAUUUCUCUUCAGCUUUCUACACAACGCCAGUGUCAGCAUUGGAUUGCAGUACCAAGGUAUUGCCAAGGCAUGUGAGCAAAAUUUGAGGAAAACAUUUCAGUACGGAGGACGCGUACAGUAUCCCAACAGCAUGGAACUAAAAGCAAUGAUGGCAGGGCGGAGCUCCAAAAGACAGCUGUUCCUGCUGCCAGGCGGGAUGGAAAGGCACUUGAAAAUCAAGACAUGCUCUGUCGCUUUGGAUGCCAUUGAGGAGCUUUGUUAUGAAAUGGACCUCCACAGAGUGGAAGCUUUGGAUGAAUAUGCCAUCUUUUUGGUUACACACAGAGGUCAGAAUGUUCGGCCCCUGAUCAAGAGGGAAUACAUCUUGGAUGUUGCGACAGAAGCCGAACCGGUGGAUGCCAACUACAGUCUUUGGUUCCGAAGAGUCAUCUGGAGUCUUGCUUUGAAACUUGAUAAUGAACUCUAUGUUACCAUGCAUUAUAACCAGGUGUUGCCAGAUUACCUGAAGGCUUUGCUGAGUGUGGUCCCUCUGAGUAAGGCAAGUGAACAGCAUCUGCAACAGCUUGCUAGACUGGCUGCUCUCCAGCACCGUGCCAAAGACGCCGUCUAUCUGCCUACCAUACAUGAGUUGCAGGAGUGUGUCCCCCCACAGUUCUUCAGCAAACAGAAUCCACAUCAGUGGCUCAAUAUGGCAACUCAACAUAUGCAACAUGUCCAGCCUCUAAACCCACACCAGGCCCGUGCACAAUUCCUUGGUCUGGUCAGUCCCUUCCCCAUGUUUGGAUCUUCCUUCUUCUACAUCCAGAGUUCCAGCUCGACCUCCAUCAAGGCUCCGUGCAUUCUGGCGGUGAAUCUUAAUGGACUCCAUUUUCUUAACAAAGACACUCACGAGGCCAUGGUGCAUUUCCCUUUAAAAGAGGUCCAGUCAACCCGCACCCAGAGGCCAACGUCUGGCUCAAGUUACCCAUACGUUGAGAUCACGAUUGGAGAUCUGCUCAACCAGCGCAUCACACAGCUUCAGCUCGAGCAGGGUCUGGAGCUGUGUAGAGUGGUUGCCAUGCACAUGGAAAACAUGCUGUCUGCCAGAGAAAAGAGACUCACGCUGCCACCAAGUGAAAUAACCCUGCUCUAGCAUACAAACAAUACAUGGGCGCACUUGGCAUAAUUGGACUGAAAAGAGCUCAUCUUUGCAUUUUUUUUUUUCUUAUGUGGAAGUGUGAUGUCAUCGGUUAUGCCGGUCAAAGACAGACAUGAUCCAACGUUGGAUAAAUGCACACGUACAGGAUAGACCACCCAUUCAUAUGAUUUUCAUUCCCCGAAAAUGUACUGUAUUUGCCUCUGUUUGACGUUCACUUAACUUUUAUGAGUACAUAUAUUUUAAAAGACUAGCCCUGCACUCCACAUGACUACACUCACACAAACACACAUCAAUGAGUCAAAUGUCUGCGUUGAUGCAACGUGAGUCAAAAGUGGAAGUGAGACGAUGUCAGGAAGGUUCUUGUCAAAGAUUGAACUCCUCUUUUGGUAAGUCACGUGCUUAAUUUUUAGGACAUUGGGAUGAGUGGGACUUCCUUUCUAAGGAACAGAAAAGUUUUGACUUGUCUUGAAAACUGAGCAAUUGAAUUUAAAUAGGUCAUGUUCUGAGCCAGGGGCUCUGCUGUGGUAGCUGCCAACUUAUGUUUCCUGUUUGUCCUUUCAAAGAUGAACAUGACAUGCAUUCCAAGUGUACUUUAAUGUAACCGUGGCUUUUAUACUGGGGCAAACAAAUAAGAAGGAUGCUGUUGAUACAAAACAAAUCAUUUGUACUCCCUGCCAUGAAUUCACAGGGGAGACCUGAUGCAUAUUUUGGCAAUAUUUGAGCACUGCCUUCAACAUAAAUACAAUGCAUAACAUACAGUUGUGAAUACUUAUUGCAUAUAAUAAUUGCAUGUGAAAUCAUUAAAGUUUGUAUUAUAACCGAAUAAACUUAGCAAAUGUGA